AUGCAAUGCCAAAACGAUAAUAACGAUAAAAUUCCGUCACCAAAACAUCAUCAACAAGGGGAAGAAGGUUAUGCCCAGGAAGAAGAAGAGGAUUUCCUUAACGAGUUUCAGUGCUCUGUUUGCCUCAUGUGGCCACCUUUCAUGCUUCUGGUGUGUCUAUCACAGCAUGAAUAA